ACAUAUAAAAAGCAAGAAGCAUAGUGUAUAAGACAUCAUUAAUAAGAAAUUAAAGACAUUAAACCAUGGGUACACUCAUUGCUCCUACAAACCACUCCCCUCUUGAAGAUGCAGAAGCUAUCCGAAAGGCUGUCAAAGGAUGGGGAACUGAUGAAAAAGUGAUUAUAACAAUACUUGGUCACAGAGAUGCAAUUCAAAGGCAAAAAAUCAGAGAAGCAUAUUAUGAACUCUUUCAAGAAGAUCUCAUCAAACGCCUUGAAUCAGAGCUCUCCGGUGACUUUGAGAGAGCCAUGUACCGGUGGAUAGUUGAGCCUUCAGAACGUUAUGCAUUGUUGGCCAAUAUAGCCCUCAGGCAUGCUGACAGAAACUAUGACGUCAUCGUCGAAAUCGCAUGCGCCCUCUCGCCGGAAGAGCUCUUUAUCGUAAGGCGUGCCUACCAUAAUCGCUAUCAUCAUUCCUUGGAAGAAGAUGUGGCCGCUAAUACUAGCGGCCAUCUUCGCCAGCUAUUGGUUGGGUUGGUGAGCUCAUUUAGGUAUGGUGGGAAUGAGAUAAAUGCAAAGUUGGCACAAAGUGAAGCAGAUAUUCUUCAUGAGGCCAUAAAAUUGAAAGAUAAGAAUAGUAACAAAGAUGAAGAAGUUAUAAGAAUCCUUACAACAAGAAGCAAGAUCCAACUUGUUGCAACUUUCAAUCGCUAUAGAGAUGACCAUGGAAUUGCCAUUACCAAGAAAUUGUCCGAUGAAGCAUCUGAUGACUUUCACAAGGCAGUAAACAUAGCUAUUCGCUGCAUCCAAGAUCAUAAGAAGUACUAUGAAAAGGUUCUAAGAAAUGCAAUGAAAGGAGGUGGAACCAAUGAGGAUGCACUGACACGUGUCAUUGUGACAAGGGCUGAGAAAGACUUAAAUGACAUCAAAGAGAUUUAUUAUAAGAGAAACAGUGUUCACUUAGAGGAUUCAGUGGCUAAAGAAACUUCAGGAGACUACAAGAAAUUUCUCCUAACCUUGAUGGGAAAGGAGGACUAAUCCAACAUAUAUAACAUGUCAUGGCUGAGUCAAAUUUAUGUUUGAAUCUAUGCAAUCUUGAGUAAUAUAUUUGUUAAGUGUUAGUGUUACUUGGUUUGGUGCUUGUACCCCUUAUUAAUAAUGAAAGCUGUUGGAUUAAACUAUAAUGGGUUGCUUCCAUUCCAUAAUAACUUUGACUGAUCCUUAAUUGUAGGUAUUAGUUAGCUAGCUCAAUA